UCUCAGUCCUCCCCUGACACCGUGUGGGCCCAAGACCUUGCCGGCUUCGGGCUCACGGCCCGCCGGCACCAUCCCACCGGCCUGACCCCUGUCACCACCAGUGAGGAGGGCUGUGUUCAUAUUCCCCCAGUCAAUGUAAAACUGCAGGGUGGAACGUAAGAGAUUAUUCCAUCUCUGACUCGCUCCUUUGUUUUUACAUCGACCGGUGUAAUGAACAAUUAGUAAUUGGGCAUUCUGCCGAGGUGUCAGACUUGUUAAUGAGGCAAUUAAACACCUUGGGCAAGACUUCUUCGAAGUCGUUUAAAGUUGCACAAGCGGCAUUUAACCACCUCACACUAACGAAGCUAUUUCCAUCAGCUGAGGUAGGUGCCAAGUGUAAGUUUUGCAGGCUACCAGGAGCCCCCCCGGAGCCCAGUGACUGAACAAAACGGCAGACACCGACUUCAGCCUUUAGCAGGGCUGCCUUCAUCCACCUGGGGGACAUUUUGGGCUGCUUGCUGGCCCCCUGGAGGGUCUCCAACAGAAAGUUGCUACAUUUUCCCGCCUUGGCAGAGCCAGCCUGCCUGGAUACCAGCUGCUUGACCAAUCGACACUGUGGAAAGGUCUGCCCGGAGUCAAGCUGGCCGGAAGCUGAAUGCAGUCUACAGGGUCCAGCCAGGUCGGCUCUGGAUCUCCUUCAGCCUCCUCAUCCUCCUCCUGGUCGCCCUUCAAGUCAUGGAGAAGCUGCAGCCUUCCAGGAACUGCCAGUGUGAGGUGGAGCGUGACCUGCAGCAGAGCACGGGCCAGGGGCUCAACUCUGGCCUCCAGACACCUGACCUGCUCUGGGAGGACAGUUCCCUGCAGUGGCAAAGGAAAGCUGUGCCAGACCCCACUUCGACUGAGGACCUGCAUGUCAGCUGGGAGACCUCUCUGGAAAGCAGCCCAGGCAGCCAAGAGGAGCAUGGGACAUGGCAGCCUGUGGAGAGCAGUAAGAAGGUGGAAGCUCAUCUAUUGCCCACGAGGCUGAAACCCCAGCUCCCUGUCCUGAGAAAAGCAGACAGAGAAAGUCCUUCUCCAAGCCUUCCUGGCAGGAUUGCAACAGUUUUGGCAGAAGCUGUCACCACGAAGUUCAUUGUCUUUGCAAACAGACUGAGCACUAAGGAGAACGGGCAAACGUCACCAGCCAGAAUGACACAGGUGGAGGUACAGAACCAGUCUCAGCCUCAAGCCGUGGCUUCCCCCAGCCAUCAGAGGAGCAGUUCACUGACAGAUCCCGUCCCAAACUCAGCUCAACCCCUGCAGGCAGAGGACUCUUACGAAACACGCCCAGAGACAGGAUUUUUCCCAAACUGGACAGCAGCCUCUAUGGUCGAGGAGGUGACAAAUGGAGGAGGUCGGCAGGCCAGAGGAGUCGCCCCUCAAGGGAAGACGUGUGAGCCCCAGACUGACAUUGUUUUCCUCAAGGUGCACAAGAGUGCCAGCAGCACCGUGAUGAACGUCCUCUUCCGCUUUGGCGAGACCCACAACCUCACCUUCGCCUUCCCCCUUGGCGGGGCCUUCCAGCUCUUCUACCCCCGCCACUUCAUGGCGAGGUUCGUGCAGGGCUUCUCCCCCAAGAGCCCCCAGCGGUUCAACAUCCUCUGCCACCACAUGCGAUUCCUGCAGCCGGAGGUGCGGAAAGUGGUGCCCAGCUCUGCCACCUACUUCUCCAUCCUGAGGAACCCCGUGCAGCUCAUGGAGUCCUCCUUCACGUACUACAAGGGCGCGUCGGCUUUCUCCCGCGUGCGCAGCCUGGAGGAGUUCCUGAGCCAGCCACACCUCUACUACGACCCCGCCAAGGGCGACAGCAACUACGCCAAGAACCUCAUGACCUUUGAUUUUGGCUUCAACCCCAAUGCAGAGGUGUCUGCUGAGCGGGUGCAACUCAUGGUAAAGGCCAUCGAGGCGUCCUUCGACUUUGUCCUCAUCUCCGAGUACUUCGACGAGUCCAUGGUGCUCCUGAAGGAGAUGCUGUGCUGGGACCUGGACAGCGUCGUCUCCUUCCCACUCAACACCAGGGACAGCAGCACCAAGUCCUCCCUCUCGGACAGCAUCGUGGAGAAGAUAAAGGAGUGGAACAGGCUGGACUGGGAAAUCUACACCCACUUCAACAGGACCUUCUGGGAAAGGAUCGACCGGGACAUCGGCCGGGAGCGCAUGGAGCAGGAAGUGAAGGCGCUCCGGGAGCGGCAGGCGGAGCUGGCAAGGACCUGCCUGCAGGGCACGGGCAGCGUGGCCCCGAAGGACAUCAAGGACUCUUCCCUGCGGCCACUGCAGCACGGCGGUGCCAGGAUCCUGGGCUAUAACCUCAAGCAGGGCUUGGAUAAGGAGACGGAGCACAUGUGCCGGCGCCUGGUGACCCCGGAGCUGCAGUACAGCAGCGCUCUCUACAAGAAACAGUUCCCCCCAGAGCCCCCCGAGACCCCCCAGCCCACUCCCUCUGGGCAAGGCAGUGCCCCACAGCACCGGCUGGAGGGCACCCAACACUGACCCUCCCUGCCCCCUCCAGGCAUCUUCUCCAGCCGCCUUGGCUGAGGGCAGUGAGGCACUCAGAUCCUGGGCUUGGGGGCUGCUCCUGCCCUGGAGAGGGGGUGGGCUGGGAGCUGCUGGCAGCCCCCAGUCACCUCUGUCUGUGCAAGACUGUGCACAAGCUCUGGGUGCUACACACUGCUGUGGAGCAGGACGGGCUGCAAUGGGGGAUCCCAGGGGCUCGACAUGACUUUUCCAGAGGGAACCCUCCCCCCUCAGUCAGCAGCUGAAGCCUCGGCAGCAGGGAGCAGAUCCAGGAAGGCAGCCCCAGUCCCCACGCCAGAGACUGCAACAGUGCAGGGCCAAGCUGUAAAUCAGAGCCGUGGAGUUUGAUUUACAGCUUGGGAAUGAGUCUGUCUGUCUGUCCAGCUGCAGCUCUCCUCCGCUCCACCUUAAUGCUACCGUGCUGGAAAAGCAGCCUCUUAAUUAAAAAUAACAAUAUCCACUGCCACUCCUUAAAUUCCCCUUAAUUACAUCAAUUUGCCCCAGUAGACAAUCUGCCUGGUAGACACUCUCCCCAGCAGCCCAUGAAACAGAUCCCAAAUAUCUGAAAA